CCCCGCCCGCAGGCUCCCGAGCAGCAGUCGGCGCCCUGCAUCCCGCUGCCCCGGACCCUCCCGCGGGCGCGCACCGGGCUCAACUCAGGCUGAGAACUGCAGGCGGACGUCUUCACUGUCCGGGAAUCAUUGAGUGUGUGGACAGGACAGCCUCCUUGGAAGGCUGGCUAUACCGGAGUCCCGCCUCGGCAUGGGCCUUGCCAUUGAGGCAGCUUCUCAGUCUGUGCUUGUCUGAGGGUACUGCCCGUCAUGGGGGCAGCCAUCUCCCAGGGGGCCCUCAUCGCCAUCAUCUGCAACGGCCUCGUAGGCUUCUUGCUGCUGCUGCUCUGGGUCAUUCUCUGCUGGGCCUGCCACUCCCGUUCUGCCAACAUCGACUCCCUCUCCGAAUCCAGUCCCAACUCCAGCCCUGGCCCCUGUCCCGAGAAGGCGCCCCCACCCCAGAAGCUCAGCCAUGAAGGCAGCUACCUGCUGCAGCCCUGAAGGCCCUUGGCCUAGGCCGGAGUCUGGGACUUAAGACCACCCCACUUGGAACCUGGAAUUGGGAUCCCAGGGUCCAGCCAGCCUGGGGUCCAGAACUCAAGAGUCCAGCCUGUCUGGAGCUGGACCCAGCAGCCCAGAGUCUGGUCGGCCUGGCUCCAAGAGGGGCUCUGCUGGCCCUCGGUAGACAGGCCUGGGGUGGGGGAUUCAUGAGUUGGUGCUAGGGCCAGGGCCAUCUGGACUUUGCUCCAUCCCAGCGGUCGGGGCUGGGUCCACCGCCCCCUAGGCCAAGCGCCUCCAGGCCCUCGAGGUUGGGGAAGCAAUCCAUGGCAAUAAUGGGAGGGUGUCCAGGCUGGGCCCCUUCUCUGGUCCUCCUACUGUUUGCUGGAUAAUAAAUGGAACUAUGGCUCUACCCUGAGAUUUUCUCCUCUUCCUGGGGGCCUUGCUGUAGCAAAAUGAAAGGUUGUAGGUGGGC